AACUGGAUGAAUCAAUGUUAGAUGCUCUUGGAAUCCUCCCCCAACGCAAACAGCAUAAGAAACUCUUGUUGGUAUGUGGUAGUCAUGACUGGCUUUUUUCCCCGUUUUGAAUGGUAUAUGAUCCUUGGUUUUCUUGAGGGUUGAUUUACUGUUUUGAAGAUUAUCACUGUUCGGCGCUGUUCUCUGGCUGACAGUUUGUUUAAGGCUUGAUGGCUGGGGCAGGAUGCUGGCUGCAGUUGUCUUUGCCUACUUCUAAUUUUUUCUUUUUGUUUUUUCUGAGGGAUAUUUGGGCUUUUUUUGGAGUGGGCUGGGAUGCUCUCCUAGAACUUAGUCAAGCUUUGGUUGGUGAAGGCUCAGGUGAAGAGCGGCUUUUUUCCUCAGCAAGUAGCCCAUUAAAAGAUGGCAUAAAUAGUGAACUAGCCAGCUACCUACAAAUGUUAAAGGAUCAAUAUGGAGUCUCCCUUUCAUGCCCAGAUGUUGGAACCAACUCUCAGGUACAUAGAUUUCAGGUGCUCGAUGCAUUGGUCAGUCUUUUCUGUAGGUCAAAUAUCUCUGCAGAAACGUUGUGGGAUGGGGGUUGGCUUUUGCACCAGUUGCUUCCUCAUAGCGAGGCAGAGCUCAACAGGCAUCAUCUUAAAUUACUUGAUGAUUCAUAUAAGGAAUGCUCUAGUAAAUUGUUUGAGGAGGCAAGAGGAACCUGGCCUGAUAUACUUGUUACAGUCCUUUGUGAUGAGUGGAAAAAGUGCAAAAGAGCAAUUGAGGCCUCAUCUCCUCGGACGGAGCCCAAAAGCACACUCUUACCAUCACAGAAGUCCUCUUCCGAAGAACUCAAUUCCAGUGAAUCCUCUUUCAAUGCCGGUGAAAGAAUGUGUGAGUUGGUGAAGGUUGUGCUCAAACUCUUUCAUUUUUUCAGUUCCUUUCUUGGAAAGCACAAAGAAAUGGCUGAUGUGUUUGUACUUCUUCAUCAGCUACAAAUAUUCUCCCUUGGAAGAGCUGUACCUGAUCUACCUCCCAUCUUCCCAUCGCUUGAUGUCCUAGAAAACUGGCGAGCAAAAACAGCUGGCGUGGACGUUUCAGUUGAUGCAGUGCCUUGUAGAGUUGCAUUUGAGAGGGGUAAAGAACGCCAUUUCUGCUUUCUAGCAAUUUCCAUGGGAGCCUGUGGGUGGGUUGUCCUUGCAGAAGAAUUAUCUCUGAAACCAGAUUAUGGAGUUGUUCGUGUGGCUGCACCUUUGGCUGGAUGUAACCCCAGAAUAGAUGAUAAGCAUUCAAGAUGGCUACACCUUCGAAUCCGUCCAUCAUCUUUUCCCUUCACAGAUACUGCAAAGUUUGCUGCCCAUGAAAAAGUUAAGACAAAAGUUUUGGUUGAUGGGAGAUGGACCUUGGCAUUUCGGGAUGGGGAGUCCUGCAAAUCUGCUUUGUCUAUGAUUCUUGAAGAGAUUAAUUUACAGAGCAGCGAGGUAGAGAGAAGACUAAAAUCUAUACUCGACCUUGAAGGAACUGUAGAUACUUCAAAUCCUUCUCGCCCGCUAGAGGCAUCAUCUUCAAGAACUACACCUUAUUCUUUGUAAGUUCUCUACUAAUUUGAGUUUCUUCUUUUUCUUAUUCCUCCCCCAAUAAUAUUGUUUUACAGAUGGGGUGGGAAUAUCUUCAGUCCAGCCACCCUUUAAUAUGUUGAUAAGACAACAAUAGGUACAUAGAAAUGUAGAUUAGAGCAUUGUAAUUAGUGCCAUUGUCAAGAUAUUAGGUUGCCCAAUUUCCUCUGAUUUUAAGGUUCAUUGACAUUCACUCAUUCUUUUAACAGCUUGAGCCAAGUCUCUCUCUCUUUUUUUUUUUUGGUCUCGAUUUGU